AUGAAGACAUUGAACUUUGGGUAUUGCCCUGGAACAAUAUUACGCCGACUAUCACCCCCAGAUGACGGAGGAGUCACCCCAAUUUGUCACGAUGAUAUCAUGUCAUCUGGGGAUGACGCCAAUGAACUGGUACCGCAAAUUUUCGAUCAGACCACGUCACUCCAUGAUUAUGUGGCUGAGUUUCAAAACUUGCUCAUCCAAUGCGCAGUGCCAAUCAGCCAGCUGGAACUGCGGUUCUACUUCCAACAAGGGCUUACACCGGCUACCGCAAAUCAUCUGCGAGAACACCAUCCAGCCGCACUGGACGAGACUAUCUAG